AUGUCAGGGGCUAAGGGCGUCGCUGUCUGCGCCUCUGCAUAUGCAAAGAUGGUCUCGCAUGCACUGCGACACCAUCGGGAUCCCGUCUGCGGUUUAUUAAUAGGCCCUGGAGAUCAACCAGCUGGUAAAAACAGUGAAAUUAUUUGUGCUGAGGCUGUGCCGUUGCUUCAUACGCACUUUCUGCACCCGCAGCUGCGGCUAGGAGUUGAAUUGGUUGAGACCUUGUGCGAGGCGGGGGUGACGGAGGAAAGCGGAGGUUUUUUCUCUUCUUUUCACGAAAAUAAAUGGUCUAAGCCGAAGAUUGUUGGAUUUUACUACGCAGAUAUCCUCACAAUUUCAGAUAGAGCACCAAUAAUGAACAAAGAAGCUUCGCAUAUUGCACAAGUGCUGAGGCAGCACUACCCGCAACUUGUUGUCUGUUUGUUCUGGGCAUUCAUCGGCUCUAACUGGACGGCAUUCCCCACAGAGGUCAUUCGCGUCUCCGAGGCCGCUCUGCAACUUGCAGAGAAAACAAUAGCGGAAGAAACGUAA